UUUUUUUUUUUUUUUUUUUUUUUACAUAUACAUAUAUACACCAUGUCUUCUCAUGUCACCUCCUCAAAACUCAACGCCACUGAAACUGCAGUCUGUGGUGGUUUUGCGGGUCUUACAACUAGAAUGGCCAUCUCUCCUUUAGACGUUGUCAAGAUUAGACUACAAGUGCAACCCGAAUCUAACGUAAAGCGAGUAUUUUCAAUGAAUGGUGGAAACGCUGUGAAAAGUACAGUGAAAUAUUCUGGCAUUGCCCAAGCGUUUAAGACCAUUUUAGCCGAAGAGGGUAUCAGGGGAUUAUUUAAAGGGAAUGUGGCAGCGGAAUAUCUGUACGUGACGUACGGUGCAUCUCAAUUCUAUGCGUAUUAUUAUUUGGAUGCAUUUCUCAAAACCGAAGACAGGAUUGUACCUUCGGUGAAGCCGUUUAUUUCCGGUAUGUUGGCUGGUAGUUUUGCUACGGCUACAACGUACCCGUUUGAUUUAUUGCGGACUCGGUUUGCAAUGCAGGGAGAGACAAAGGUUUACAAUAGUAUGGCUCAUGCUGUAUCCGAUAUAUACGAAAAGGAAGGCAUCCGUGGUUUUUACCGUGGUUUGGGUCCGUCCAUUACACAAAUUAUGCCGUAUAUGGGCUUGAUGUUUUUCAGUUAUGAAGGUCUAUGUUCCAUGCUCCAAACACUCAAGGUAAAAAAAGUGAUUUCAGAAAAUCACAAGAGGACAGACGAUAUGAUAUGUGGAUCACUUGCAGGGAUUAUUAGUAAAACGGGUGUAUUUCCGUUAGAUGUGGUUCGAAAACGAUUGCAAGUGCAGGGACCUCAUUUACAAGCGUAUGUGGUAUCAACAAUUCCAAGUUAUGCGGAUCAUGAUUCUGUGAUGGGGUGUAUGAAGAAGAUUGUACGUAACGAAGGCGUGUGGGCAUUAUAUAAAGGGAUUGUACCUGGUUUACUCAAAGCGGGUCCAUCAGGAGCUGUGUAUUUCCUCAUGUUUGAAUUGGCAAAAGAUGUCAUUACUGCAUUAAAAGAAUCUGGCUUUCAUCUCUUGCCUGCUGAAAAAUCGUCACCAUUGUACCAGUAGAAACCCCCCCCCUUCCUCCCUUUUUCUUUUUCAUUUUAAUAUAUACCCCCACCACCCACCACCCCA